AUGAGCCACUCGUUCCAUUCUGGUGAAGAGGAGAAGAACGUCCUGUCCCGAGCCGAGACGGGGUCGAUCCCCGUUGCGAAGGAUGCUUCCUCGGACAAGGUCGUCGCCGCGCAUGGUCAAGGUCAGUCCUCAGCCCUUUGCGAGCUCGCUUGACCCCUUCAACCAGGCUCAGGAAGGCUGAUUAUGGGCUACGGUUUGACCAGUUGUUGCAUUACAUGGCCCUUUCGCCAAAGUGAUGACUUACCUUGCGGAUCGAGGUGUCGAGGCUCGUGGAUUGGAUCGGGUCCCGGAGGAUGAACGCAUCGCUCAAGUGAGUUUCGCAGUCCGACGACGUUCGGCCGCGCUGUCCCCGGCCCAAGACGUGCCGCCACACGCGAUCUGUGGGCGGGCAAGCGCGCCGGGUGGGGCUAGUAUAGACCCCUUUCGACAGGGAUCAUGUCGAAGGCAGUCCACAGAGAUUAAAAUCACUAACUUUUCGACUGCAAUUCCUCCAGUCGGGUCUCCAAAUCUUCUUCUUCUGGAUGAGCGUGAACCUCAGUUUCUCCUCCCUCGCGGUCGGCGGUCUCGGCAGUGAAUACUUUGGCCUCGACUUCCGCACUUCGCUCGCGGUGAUUUGGACCAUGGCCGUCGUCGGGUGUUUAGCGACGGCUUAUGUUGCUACGUUGGGCUUGAGUGGGUUGAGGACGAUGGCUUUGUUUAGGUUCGCGGGCGGUAUUCCGGGGACAUUUAUUUGCUCGUUGUUGAAUGUCUUGACCCAGCUUUCGGUGAGGACAGAUUUUCCCUAAAUCCGGCACGCCGGCCUCCUUUCCUGACUCGCAAUUAUGCUCGCCAACAGUACUCGGUGACGAACGCACUUGCGGGUGCUCAAGCCUUCCACGCCAUCAACCACUCCCUCAGUCUCAUCGUCGGCAUCGUCGUCGUCUCCUCCGUCGUCUUCGUCCUGUCCAUCUUCGGCCUUGCCUGGGUCCACCGCUUCGCUCGAUACUGCUGGAUCGCUUGCUUCAUCAUUUACUGCAUCAUCCUUGGAUUGGGGACGAGGGGUGGUUAUGAUGUCAAUCGAUUGACGGCGCAACAGGCGACGGGCAAGUCGUUGAGUGCGGGCAUUUUGAGCUUUGCUGGCAUCAUGUUCUCGGUCGCUUCGGGGUGGGGCGUGAUCGCUGCAGAUUGUAAGUAGCGUGGAUCUACUGAGAUUUGCUUCAGUCGAGUCGCAAAGCUUAUGAUACGGUGGAUCGCAUCGGGUCAGACAAUGUCACGCUACCCGCCGAUACGCCCAAGUGGCGAGUCUUCUUCUUCACCUUUUUCGGCACCUUCUUGCCCAUCGUCUUCACCUGCACCGUCUCGGCAACGUUCCAAACCAUCACCGUGAGUAGCGGGAGUAGCGUAAUGAUCAUGGACCCAUGUCUGACGUUCCCAACUAUUGAGCCCUACAGAACCCUUCCUACAUCGCCGCCUUUGAAUCCGAUUCCCUCGGCGGAAUCGUCGGAGCGAUCCUCGGUCCCAUAGGAGGUUUCGGUAAAUUCCUCCUCGUCCUGCUCGGUCUCUCCACCAUCGCCUCCAACGCCCCAAACACAUAUUCCGGCUCGCUCGCAAUGCAAUCCCUCGCCCCACCUUUGCUCAAAAUUCCUCGUAUCUUCUUCGUCGUCCUCUUCACCGCCAUCUACUUGAUCGCCUCCAUCGUAGGAAGGGAACACUUCUCCGAGAUCGUCGCCAACUUCGCUUCCAUCUUAUCGUACUGGACAGCCUUCUUCAUCGUCAUUCUCUUGCUUGAAUUCGAAUGGUUCCGAAGGCCCUCGGGACCUUUGGGAAGACCCGAUUUCGAUAGCUUCAACGACUGGAAACGACUUCCACCUGGAUUCGCUUGUGUGGGUGCUAUCGCGAUCGCGAUCGGUGGGAUCGUGCCUGCGAUGGCGCAAACGUAUUAUACGGGUCCGAUCGCGAAAGCGGUCGAACCGGUUUUUGGAGGUGAUUUGGGUUUCGAGAUGUCGGUCGGGUUGUCGUUGGUUGCUUAUUUCGUGUUGAGGUCGAUUGAGGUUAGGGUGUUCAAGAGGUGA